AUGCUCAUCCAAUCUUAUAUGACAAGGCUAGUCCUCGUGGCCUCGGAGAUCCUAGCCGAGAUGGCCGAAUGUCAGGACUCCAGCUUUUGGAUCCACGCAGAUAGGCUAGCCGGGCAACUGGACCAAUGGCAUCAAGCUCUGCCACCAGAGCUGCAUCUCGCAGCACUCAGCAGUGUGGACCGGACGUUGACUCAAGAGAAAGCCUUGUACCUGAUGCAUAUGAUGUAUAUAGACUCCCGGUUGCAGCUGUACUGUCGGCUAUUGGAAGGGUUCCAAAAUUGCACAGGGGGGCCUAGUCCGCAACCAAGCGUCCACCUGCUGGGGAGUCUUUUCAACCAAGUGCCCAAGCACAUGUGUGAGACCUACACAGCCUUCUCUAUCCAGCUUGCUCGGAUCGCCUCGCUGCUAUACAGCCAAGAAGUGAUAAUGACGCGGUGCUGGCUGGUUGUAUGUGCCGUCUUCGACGUGUGUAUCGUGCUGCUACUCGGGAUUUGUCGGAAAUACUUUACAGACAGCAGCGGUAGCUUUACCGAUCUUCCCGCCCACGUCCAUACGUGCCUCACCGUCCUACGCUUCUGCAGUAGCGGUGACAUUGCCGCACAUCGGCUGAUGGACAUGUUGGAGCCAAUCCUGGAGCUGUGGAACUGCCUAGGAUCAACGUCGCGGGUGCAACAGGAGGGCCAAAUGAGGAUUGAAUAUAUUUUGGACGAAAGGUCGGCGGAUAUUUUCACUGUCGUGCGCAUGACAUAUCAGUUGCUGGAUUUGAUGCCACAGACGCGGAGCAAUGUUUGGGUGUAG